CGACAAAAAGCAUACGCUAAGAGAUCCAAGUCGGGAUGUCGAACCUGCCGAUACCGUCGUGUCAAAUGCGACGAAUCUCCCGGGGCGUGCAAACGAUGUACCUCAACAGGGAGGCAAUGUGACGGUUACGAUCUGCCCCCAGUCUCUCACAAGCCCUUCUUCGCUACAAGGAUAGGCAUUCCUCAGCUCACAGCACCUGGCAUUCUGGCUACUUUAACCUUAGAGGAGCGACGCGGCUUCAGCUUCUUCCAGCAUUGCACCGUCCCCACUCUGGCCGGAUUUUACGACUCGGUUCUCUGGGAGAUAUUGAGCUUGCAGAUCGGUCAUGCUGAUCCGGCUGUCUGCCACUCUUCCAUUGCGCUCAGCGCUGUGCACUGCGGCGUCCAAGCGCGCCAGAGAGAAAGCUUAAUACCCAGGGCCAAGACCGAGAGCCGACGCUGGCAACAGUUCGCUUUUGAGCAGAUGGGUCGGGCGUUCCAGCAACUUCGGCGGCGACAUGCAUCCCAGGAUCCACAGUACACCGUCACAGUACUCUUAUGCUGCCUUCUUUUCGUGGCAGCAGAAUUUACCCUAGGACACUACGACAACGCUUUCCGACACCUGCGGAGUGGCCUCAGAAUCCUGCGAGACCAACAAAUCAAAGUAGCGAGUGGUGUUGAGACACCCCUAGAGUCCUCCCUGACUCAGACCUUCUCACAUCUUGACAAUCAGGCUGGCUGCUUUGGCUCUGAAGGACCAAUCCUGGUCAUAGACGAUGAUGAUGCCACACUCUACUCUGACAUGUAUGCGCACAACGUCAAGAAUGGCCGCUGGACUGUUACAAAAGUCCGUCAGAUCAUGGAACCGCUCGCCGGCGCUGUGGUUCGGUUCUGUCGACGGCAGGCUAUCACGGGCUAUGACGAGUCUGAGUCAGCAGUCAGUGAGCAAGCUCGCAUUAUCCAUCGGUUAAGCUUAUUCCUGAUGUUCACGACCAAUCUCAACGAUCAACCGGGCCGGGUGCUCACCGCCAAAGAAAACCGAGGCUUGAAGCUUCUCCAACUUGAAGCGCACGCGCUUAGGAACGCGCUCCUCAGCCUUCCGGUAUCGACUCGAAAGCCGCAGUUCCAUGAGUUUACAGAUGACUUCGAGAUCAUGCUGGCUCUCGCCGCAGAAAUUCAGCAGUGCGAGAAGGAUUCCUCACAUCUCCCACAAAUUACCCUGGACAUCGGCGUUGUCCCACCGCUAUAUGCCAUUGCGAAGCGCACCGUUGAUCCCGAGCAGCGGUGGCGAGCGAUCCAAUUGCUGCAGUCUUACCCUCACCAAGAAGGUCCGUGGAAUGCGAGUCUGUUGUCUCGGACUCUCAUUGAAUCACUUCCCGCAGAA